AUGGCAGCCGAAUACGAGGAGCUGACAAUGUCGACUGGAUCCGUGGCCCCGAUCACCUCCGUGAAGCUGCGCAUCCCCGGCCACAGCGUCGGGCUGCUGAUUGGCACGCGCGGCGAGACGAUUCGGCGCAUCGAGAAGGAGUGCGGGCUGAGUAGAAUUCACGUCGAAAAAGACAAUUGCGCGGAUGCGCCCGAGCUGCGCGAAGUCACGCUGCAAGGGCCCGUGUGCGCCAUCGAGCUGGCCAGGCCGAUGAUUGCCGAGAUUUCAAGGCGCAAAGCAGUGGCCUGGCUGACUUUGCCGGCCGACAAGGUGCCACGCGUCAUCGGCACGCGAGGAGCUACAAUCAAGGACAUCAAGGCCCGUACCGGCGCCCAAAUCGACGUGCAAACGACCGAUCAGGCGCGACGACAAGGCGAGGUGCAGUGCAGAAUUCUCGGCACCGAUCAGGAGAUUGCCGACGCGAAGCGGGAGAUUUUUCAAGUGCUGAGCGCGGCCGGGGGAGAAGCGCAGCCGUCUCCGCCACCGCAGCCAACACAGCAACCAACGCCACAACCACCCGUCCAGAGCCGCCCGUGCAACCCAGUCAGGGAUCCGGCCAUCCCGCCGGGAUACGACUUCUACCGCCAGAUUCCGGUACCGCAGGACGAAUUCGGGCCGGUGAUCGAGACCGUGGGGGCGAUGUUGAGACGGAUCGUCGCCGACGCCAACAGCAAGAUGGUCAUCAAGGAGAAUGAAAGCGGAUGCGGCGGCGCCGAGCGCAUCGCGCACGUAUGGUCGCAGAGCGAGGCCAGUCUUGAAAAGGCAACGUCGGCCUUCCACCAAUUUUGCAAGGAGCGCUCUCGCAGCAGCCAAAUCGGCACCGAGCAGCAGCUGUUCGUCGAGAUCCCCUCCGAACGAGUCGUCCAGUUCGUCCGCGCCAUCCCGUCGAUGAAAGCCGUGACGGGCGCCGAGAUCCGUUUGGCUGGUGGAAUUGACGAGGAGAACAAGCCGUACCGCGUCUUCAGCAUCACCGGCAGCGCCGACGAGAUCAAGCACGCCAAGCGGAUUUGUCAAAGGGCGGCUUCCGACAAGCCGUGCCCCCCGACCGCCGAGCAGUUGGCCUUCGAGACCGUCGCGCCGAACGCCGACGAAGACAACAGCGCCAACGCCUCGCCAGUGCAGCAACGUGCCAUCCUGCAGCCGUGGCUGAACGACAUGCAGCCGGUCGCGCUCAAUUUCUACGACCCGCCAGCGGAUAAAUACGGGCCGCAACCCGACGACGCGCACAAAUGGCUCGAGUACUACCGGAAGGUCGGCCUCGUCGACCAGGCCGCCGUCAUCGAGGCCCUCAUCAAGCCCCCAGGCUCCCCAGCGAAAGACGGCAAAGAUGGAGAGAUUGGUGAUGAGGGAGAGGUCGGUCCGCGCGGCUACAGAGGUCGCAACGGACGACCGGGAGCCCCGGGAAAAUCAGCUCCAGGUGGUGUUGGAGUACCUGGCCCGAAGGGAGCACCAGGGCCGGUUGGAAGAGCCGGCCUCCAAGGCGAGCGCGGAAAGCGGAACUACGUCUGGGGCACCGAGGGGCCGAUGGGGCAGCAGGGAUCCAGAGGAUUGGAUGGAAUACCCGGAAAUCCUGGGAAAAGAGGGCCAAAGGGAGACAACGGUGAGCGCGGCUCGAAUCCCAAGUUCUGCCCUUGCCCUCUUGAAAUCUCCUUGCUUCACGAUAAGCACCCAAUGCCGAGACUGGAAGCCCAAAAAGAAGAGAGGAAAAGCGCUGAAACUCAACGACCUCAUCCGCCGGCUCCACGGGCGACUACAGCACAUCCUCCAGCACCUUCGCCACGUCCUACACCCCCACCACAUCGCCUCCGUGAUAUCGCCCAGCCCGAAGAAACGCAUCAAAUGUUUGGGGACGCGUCAAAGAUCCUGGUGAAGAAGCCUCGUCCUCAAACCGGAAGUGCUGAUCGGCGUAGAGAAUAUCGUGAAAAAGAAAUUCUGGCCGAAGAGGUGAAAGAGCCACUAUCCGAUUCUAACGACAAACCCGAUCUCCCGCCAGCCAUCUCUGAAUGGCGCAGGGAGAUGCAGGCCGAGAAGGCUGAUGUUUUGGAGGAGGAGCAGGAUAGCCCGGAACGAAUGACUGAAGCUCCUGAAGCUCCCGAAGCUCCUGAAGCUCCUGAACUCCCUGAAGUCGUCGAAUCCGACAAAGGCGAGGAGUACGAUGACGAGGCAAAUGGGCGAUCGUCAGACUAUGAAGAGCCAUCGACGACUCAAAGAUCACGAUUCCAUUACGUCACGAAAAGACCGAGAUUGGUUUAUAGCUAU